AUUUUGAAAGGUCAAUUGAACUUAGACCACGACCAUCUCUCCGGCCAAAAAUAAUGAACUUUGAAGACGUUGAAGAUCGAGAUGGUUUACGUUUGUCGUGGAACGCCUGGCCUUCUUCACGGAUCGAGGCAACGCGCACUGUAGUCCCGAUGGGAUUGAGGUCGGGGGAUUGGGAGGGCCAGCGUAAGACUGGGAUAGAAUU